UGUUCCAUAUUUGUUGAGGUAGUCUUAAGUUAAUAAGUAAACUUUUUUCCAUUCAAAAAGUAGAUUAGACUAGAAUCGGAUCAACUUGCAUUUUCUUUACUAAUUUUCAUAUUUUUGUGCCUAAUUUUGGUGUGUUUAAUUUUUAAUCAAAGCUAUAUCUUUCGGCAAUGUGAGGAGUUGUACUCGUAGUUCUUCUUCAAUGACCACUGUAAUGGUGAUCCUCCGUCGAGGGACGACGCUUAGUACAAUUCCAUACGGCGUCGUUUCCAGAUUCAUCACUGUUUACUACCUACGUUCUCUCGCCAUUUCCAUUGCCAUGCCCAAGUUUUACUCUGCAUCAUCUUCUUCGAACCCCAACAGUUUAAGCCCGAACCCAUUUCCCGAAUUGAUUUCUUUGAACAAAAGGAUCUCCCAAUUGAUCCGUACUGGUCGGAUUGGUGAAGCCAGGGAGGUUUUUGAUGGUUUGAAGAUCCGAAAUGUUGUAACUUGGAAUUCAAUGAUAAGUGGGUAUGUGAAACGAAGGGAAAUGGCGAAAGCACGUAAGGUGUUUGAUGAAAUGCCUGAAAGAGAUGUUGUUUCCUGGAAUUUGAUGAUAUCUGGCUAUGUAUCUUAUCAUGGGGGUAAGGCUAUUGAGGAAGCACGAAAGCUGUUUGAUGAAAUGCCUGAGAGGGAUUGUGUUUCUUGGAAUACCAUGAUUAGUGGGUAUGCCAAGAAUAAGGAGAUUUCUCUAGCUUUGCAACUUUUUAAUAGCAUGCCAGAGCGGAAUGUUGUCUCUUGGAAUGCAUUGAUCACUGGGUUUUUAAGGAAUGGUGAUGUUGUUAAUGCUGUUGAUUUCUUUGACAGAAUGCCUGAGCGUGAUGCGGCUUCGGUUAAUGCGCUUGUUUCGGGUCUUAUUCAGAAUGGUAAGUUGGAUGAAGCUGCUAAGAUUCUGCUUGAAUGUGGGAACAAGGAUGGCCUGAGGGAAGAAUUGGUUCAUGGUUAUAAUACACUCAUUGCUGGCUAUGGUCAAAGAGGCGAAAUCGAAGAAGCUCGGAGACUGUUUGAUGAGAUACCCUUUUAUGAUGAUAAGGCGAAAGAAGGGCAUAAGAGGUUUGCGAGAAAUGUGGUAUCUUGGAAUUCCAUGAUUAUGUGCUAUUUGAAAGCUAAAGAUAUUGUCUCUGCCAGGAAACUUUUUGACCAAAUGACAGAACGAGAUACCUUCUCUUGGAAUACCAUGAUCACUGGCUAUGUUCAUGUGUUGGAUAUGGAAGAGGCCUCUAACCUCUUUGGUAAAAUGCCUUAUCCUGAUUCACUAACAUGGAAUUCAAUGAUCUCAGGGUUUGCAGAAAUUGGCAGUUUGAAACUUGCUAUGGACUAUUUCGAGAGGAUGCCCCAAAAGAACUUGGUCUCUUGGAACUCUAUUAUAGCUGGAUAUGAGAAAAACGAAAACUACAAAGAUUCGAUUAAGCUUUUCACUCGGAUGCAACAUGAAGGAGAGAAACAUGAUCGCCACACUUUGUCUUCAAUUCUCAGCGCGUCUAGCGGGUUGGUGGAUCUGCACCUUGGUAGACAGGUUCAUCAAUUGGUUACAAAGACUGUUAUGGCAGAUGCACCAGUGAACAACUCCCUCAUAACCAUGUAUUCAAGAUGUGGGGCAAUAAAAGAGGCAAGGAUCAUCUUCAGUGAGAUGAAACAACAAAAAGAUGUAAUUUCUUGGAAUGCAAUGAUUGGAGGUUAUGCAGCUCAUGGUGUUGCUGUAGAUGCUUUAGAACUUUUUCAACUGAUGAAGGAACUCAAUGUUCAACCCACUCACAUAACAUUUAUUGCAGUGUUGAAUGCUUGUGCUCAUGCAGGCUUAGUUAAAGAAGGCCGAAAGCAUUUCAAAUCGAUGAUUAGUGAAUUUGGAAUCAGGCCACAAGUUGAACACUAUGCAUCCCUAGUCGAUAUCAUUAGCCGGCAAGGGCAGCUUAAGGAAGCCUUGGAUUUGAUCAACAACAUGCCAUUCAAACCAGACAAGGCAGUUUGGGGAGCUUUUCUAGGUGGAUGUAAAGUGCAUAACAAUGUUCAUUUGGCUCAACUUGCUGCUCAGGCUUUGAUGAGACUAGAACCAGAAAGCUCAGCACCCUAUGUGUUGUUGCACAAUAUGUAUGCUGAUUUAGGGCAAUGGGAUAAUGCAGGCAAGAUAAGACUGGUAAUGGAUGACAAUAACAUCAUCAAGAAACGAGGAUAUAGUAGAAUAGAUUUUUAAAUGGUUAACCAAUUUUACUAUCAGAUGUUGAAACCCAAAAAGGGAAAACAAAAAAAGGUGUCAUCUGUUUACGUCUGAGUUAAACUUGGAUAUGGAAGUCUUCUUUCGUUUCUCGAAGGUAAAGCAAACAUUGCCAAGGCCUCAUGUUACAGUCCAAAAGAAGCCCAUCAUGCUAUUAGAGAAGCAAGUUCUAAUGCUGAGCUUCAACCAAGUGCACUUGAGCAUGGCAAACUGCAAAGGACAAAUUAUAUGACUGCCCUUUAAUGGGUAGGAAGUUUAGAGCCAUGUUUCAAUCAACAGAAGACAAUGUGAAUGCACAAAGAAAGAAAAGUGCAUUCUUCAUCGAUGAUACUAACAUUGAAAAGCUUGCACAUUACUACAAGAGGAAGGACACGACUUCAUUGAGGUACUUGAUUAGUUCCACAUUGCUUUUUGCAUUGAGUUGGCCCCAAGGGGUACCCACUUUGUGGAGAGAGAGUCACAAAUUAAUGAGUAAAAAGUCACUAAUGUUUCUACAAUUCAAUUUUCUUCUCUCACACGACUUUAUACAUAAAUACAUGUUGUUAUUUUUUUAUUAGUUUAUUUAAAUUAAUUUUUAAAUAAAAAAUAAAAUGUAAUGAUAUUAACUAAGGAUUAAUACGUGCCAAUUGAUUUGAUAUUUAAGAAUUUAUAGAAGUUUCAAAAAUAUAAUUUAA